AGCUCUCGGCCCCAAAUGGCAUCCACAUCACCGGAACCAGCCGCCGCCGCCGAGACCGACGGCUCCAUCCAAAUCCGUCGCCUGGAGCUGGCCGACCGCGAGAGGGGCUUCGUGUCCCUGCUCUCCCAGCUCUCCACCUGCCCGGAUCUCACCGCGUCCGAGUUCGCCACGCGCUUCGCCGAGCUCGCGGCGCACGGCGACGACCACGUCAUCCUCGUGGCCGAGGACCCCUCCGCCCCGGAGCGGCAGAUCCUAGCGACGGGGUGCCUCUUCGUGGAGCGCAAGUUCCUGCGCGGCGGCGGCAAGGUGGGGCACGUGGAGGACGUGGUGGUCGACGCCGCCGCGCGCGGCAGGGGGCUCGGGCUCCGCGUCGUGCGCCGCCUCGUGGAGAUCGCCAGGGAGGCCGGUUGCUACAAGGUCAUCCUCGACUGCACCCCCGAGCUGCGCGCCUACUACGCCAAAUGCGGGUUCGUGGAGAAGGGGGUUCAGAUGGCAGUCUAUUUCUGAUUCACAGAUUCAUUUCUGAUGGCCGAGGGCAUACAAAUUGCUGAUACUACCCUCUGGAGACUGGAGAGUGGAGACCCAUCCAUAAUUUCCAAUUUCAAUGCAACGCAUGUAUCUUAGCCUUGUGUUGUGAUUUUUGACUAAUGUUCCGGAGUCCGGACCAUUGAAUAUCUUCCUUGGAGCUUUAAUUUUUUUACGGGGAGAAUAAUUUUCAUGCCUGGCUAGUGUUCUUAACUUCUUAUUACGUUUCUUGUGAGUUGUCAGGUUUCCGUGAGAUGUUCUCCCUCUAUCCCUGCCGUUUA